AGGAAGGCGUUGCGGUGACUGGAGCUGGAGAACGGGCGAAGGGGAUGCAAGAUGGCGGACCUCGAAGAUGUUACGCUGGACGGGAGGCCGCUUCAUUCGCUUCGUGUGGCGGAUCUUAAAGCUGCACUGGAGGAAAGAGGCCUAUCCAAGAGUGGGCAGAAGAAUGCCCUAAUCAAACGAUUAAAAGGGGCUCUGAUGCUGGAGAACCUUCAGAAGACCUCAACACAUCACAUAGGACUCCAACCAAAUUCACAGAUAGGAGAGGAGAUGAGUCAGAACAGCUUCAUCAAACAGUACCUGGCCAAGCAACAGGAGCUCCUGAGACAACGCUUGGAGAGAGAGGCCAGAGAGGCUGCAGAGACAGACGGCACAGACCAAGAUGACCAGAGGGAGGCCAGUGAUGGUCCUGCAUGUCCUGCCCCAAACCAGGAUGUCGCCCCUGAUUUAGUUGACCAGCACAAAAGUCUGCCCCCUUCAGUGGGCGAGGGCUACGGGGUCUCGGCAGGUGAGGCAAAUGCGGACGGUACCCGCGAGAGGGAGGCGCCAGCAGGGCCCCCGUCUUCUUCUGCCCCCGCGCCUCUGCCCACCUCUGUGGCCGCCCUGUCAGUGCGUGUGGUGGCAGGCGACAAGGGCCCGUCCUCCAGCCGUGCCCCCGCAGACAGCGACGAGGAGAGUGAAGGAGGAGACGAGGACGAGGAUGACGAUGAUGACGACUGGGAUGCAAACGCGAGGCGUAGAAAUCGAGGAGAGCAGCCGCUGCCGCAGCAGCAGCAGCUGCCGCCCAGGGCCCAGCUGGCCAGAGAGCGGUCUGGGGGCUCCCGGCAGCAGCCUCAGCCCCACAUCCCUCCGCUGCUGUCCCAGCAGCUGCGCCAGCCCACGCCACCGCCCUCACCUCCCCCAGAGCUCUCCUUCCCUCUGCCAGACACUCCUAAGCAGAGCCCCCCUAGCCCCGAGGAAGAACCCCCGCCCAGGCAGCGCACCAGCAGCACGUCCAGCUCGGGCAGCUCCAGCAGCGGCAGCCGCAGUAGCAGCCCUGAGCCACAGAGUGGCGCUGCAGACCGCCGACCCGGCCCCCUGUCAAUGCUGGCACGCAAGAUGGAGUCCGAGGGGGCCUUCUCAGGAGUGGUCAGACGCGGACGAGACGAAGCCCAGGGACGGGAAGAUGCCACCGCAGGUGCCGCUGUGUUUCCCGGGAGAGGUCACCAGGAUGGCGCAGUGUCUGCCAUCACGCACACUGCCAACGCCUCGGCAGCUCUGGGCUACCCAGGAUCCAUCUCUGUCAUUGGAGGCCCUCAUGUUCACAGCCAGGGCCCAGUAAGUGUCGUUCGCACCACCAUGGAAGAAAGGGACUCGCUGAAGCAGGACCAUGAGCCUCAGCUACCUUGGCAGAGGGAAAACGAAGACAGAGGGAGGCAGUGGGAGAGGGAGCAAGAAAGGCUCAAAGCACUCGAACAGGAGAGAGAGGAGAGGAAAGCUCUGGAGCUUGAAAGGGAGAGAGCCCUGGUCCAAGAAAGAGAGGCGAGGGAGAGAGAACAAGCUUUGGAGCGAGAGCGACUGGAAAAGGAGCGAUUGGAGAGGGAGCAGGCUUUGGAAAGAGAGAAAUUAGAGAGGGAGAGACAACAGGGUUUGGAGCGGGAAAGAUUGGAGAGGGAGAGACAACAAAUCCUUGAGAGGGAACGUCUGGAGAGAGAAAGGCUAGAGCGAAUACAGGCUUUGGAAAGAGAGAGGCUGGAACGAGAAAUGAAGGAAAUAGAACAGAAGGAGAGAGAGCGGCAGGAGAGAGAGCAAGCUCUGGAGCGUGAGAGGCUUGAAAGAGAAAAGGCUUUAGAGAGAGAGAGGUUGGAGAAAGAAAGACUGGAGAGGGAGAGGCUCGAGAAAGAACGUCAGGAGAGGCUGGAACGAGAACGACAGGAGCGGGAGAGACUUGAGAGAGAGCGUCAGGAGAAAGAGAGAUUAGAGAGAGAGAGACUUGAGAAAGAACGAAAGGAGAAAGAGAGAAUCGAGAGAGAGCGCCUGGAGAGGGAGCGAUUGGAGAGGGAGCGCCUGGAGAGGGAGCGACUUGAGAAAGAACGAAAGGAGAAAGAAAGAAUCGAGAGAGAACAAGCCCUGGAGAGAGAGAGACUGGAAAAAGAACGGUUUGAGAAGGAACAGGCUUUGGAGAGGGAGAGACUGGAGCAGGAAAGGCGUGAAAAAGAGCAAGCUCUAGAACGAGAGAGACUGGAGAAGCUAAAAGCCAUCGAGAAAGAAGAAAAAGCGAGGUUAGAGAGAGAACAAGCGCUGGAGAGGGAAAGAAGGGAGAAAGAGGAAGCUCUGGAGAGGGAGAGAGCACUUGAGGAGAAGAGGCGUCUCAUGGAGCAAGAAAAGAAGGAAACAGAGGAGAAGGAGAGGGCUCUUGAAAGAGAGCGUGCAUUAGAGCACGAGAGAGAGGAAAGGAAGGCUGCCUUGGAGCAGGAGAGGCUGAAAGCAGCUGAGCAGGAGAGGGAGAAGGCAGCCUUGGAGCAGGAGAGGCUGAAAGCAGCUGAGCAGGAGAGGGAGAAGGCAGCCUUGGAGCAGGAGAGGCUGAAAGCAGCUGAGCAGGAGAGGGAGAAGGCAGCCUUGGAGCAGGAGAGGGAGAAGGCAGCCUUGGAGCAGGAGAGGCUGAAAGCAGCUGAGCAGGAGAGGGAGAAGGCUGCCUUGGAGCGAGAGAGGCUGAAAGCAGCUGAGCAGGAGAGGGAGAAGGCAGCCUUGGAGCGAGAGAGGCUGAAGGCAGCUGAGCAGGAGAGGGAGAAGGCAGCCUUGGAGCGAGAGAGGCUGAAAGCAGCUGAGCAGGAGAGGGAGAAGGCAGCCUUGGAGCGAGAGAGGGAGGAAAAGGAAAAGAUACUAGAGAAGGAGAGGGAGAGCCGUCUGCCUCCUUGGAAACGCGGCCGUGAGAUUGGGGGCUUUUCCCACUCUCCUGCCCUCCAGCUUGGUGCCCCUGGUAAGACCGUGGCAACAGAGGGAAGGGGUGCAGAGAGUGGCGAGCCAUUGGGAGCCUCCCAACACACGGGAGUCUUCCCGCCGAAAUCCCCCCCAGUCACUACGCCCCCGUCUCCCCAGUCUUCCUCCAAGAAAUUCCGUUUCCUGAGAGAUGCCCCUGUGCUCUCUCCUCCUCCUUCUUCCUCUGCCACUUCUGUGGUCAAGGCACCCCGCACCUUCUCAGAUAGCCCCUUCCCACAAGCCCCUUCCCCUCUCCACUCCCCCACCAAAGCAGGCCAAGGGGAAGGAGCCCCGCAGGGUCCUCAGGUCCCCUCCGGGAUGGGCUCCCCUCAGAAACUCGUCAGGCAGGGCGUCGUAGUCUCAGGGUCCCAUGGACCCGACUGGUACGAGGGAGAAUGCUCGGGGACGGCCCCACACAUCCAGUUCACGGAGGGAAAAGAGGAGAAACCCAAAAUAAGAGAUGCUCUUCAGGAAGAGGAGGGCAAGAAAUCAGAUCAGGGGACGCAGUCAUCCACCAAAGCAGCAGAUGCACCCAGAGCAGCAGAGGAGAAGAUGACCCCUGCAACAGGGCUACCCCCUUCUCCCCCACCAGAGGAGGCUGACGUGUCAAGAGAAAGAGAGAAGGAGAAGAAGAAGGAAGAGAAGAGGAGGAGGAGGGACUCUUCUUCAUCCAGCGACUCGGGUUCAUCUGAUUCUGACUCUGGAUCCUCCUCCUCAUCACGCUCUUCGGGAUCAUCCUCUUCCUCGCAGGAAAAAAGCCGCUCCUCUUCCGCUUGUAAGAGGUCUGGAGCCCCCCAGAAGGAGUCCCCAGAGAAAGCAAAGGCUCAGAAACCCGAGAGCCUGAAUGAGCCCCCAGUCACGCCAGCACGCAAGCGACGUGGUCACAUUCAAGAGGAGGAAGAGGAAAAGAAGGCUGUGAACGAUGAGGAUAUAAACAAAAACAAGAAGCUCUGUCCAGAGGUGGAAUCUGAGGAGAAGAAACCAGAGAAGAGAGAAGAACAUGUAGGAGAGGAAACAAAGGAAAAAGAUUCAAUCAGCGAAGUGAAGGAGCCAGUCAUGGAUGAGCCUGAGAAGGCUUCGGAUGCCAGCGAGGAGAGCGCCACACCAAAGGCUUUCUCCACUCGCAGAAUAUCCCUCACUAAUAAGCCGUCCCCGGCUGUGGUGAGUGCGGAGGCCGAGGUGGAGAGCGCCACAGGGGCCAGUCGCAAGAGGAGAUGGGGCGCAAGUACAGCCGUCACUGCCAAGAAGCCGUCAAUCAGUAUCACCACAGACUCACUGAAGUCUCUGAUCCCAGACAUCCGUCCAAGCCUGGGCCAGGAGGCCGUGCUGGACCUGCACCCAGAGGAGACGCCUCUGUCUGGGGAGGAGGAGGCAGGCGACAGGGGCGACCAGGACCUGAAGAUCCGACGCACAGUCACACAGGUGGUUCCUUCUGAGGCGCAGGAGAACGGACAGAAGGAAUCGAAGAGGAGUGAGCAGGAGGAAGAGGAGGAGGACGAGGAUGAAGGUGCAGAGGGCAAAGAGCGCGUGAGCCCUGACGAGAAGAUGGACACCUCAUUCCAGGUUGCCAUGGGAACGCACGAGUCUCCCUCCUCUGGCCACGAUGCAGACAUGAAGACAGUGAUGCCCAGUGACACACUCGUCCGUCGAUCCAUAAGCCAGCAGAAGUUUGGCGUGAGCAUCACCAUUGAUGACCCAGUCCGCGCUGCCAAGCAGCCCUCUCCACCGCGGGGCAAGGUCUCCAACAUCAUCCACGUCUGCAAUUUGGUGCGGCCCUUCACCCUGGGCCAGCUAAAGGAGCUCCUCAACCGCACCGGCACCGUGCUGGAGGAUGACUUCUGGAUCGACAAGAUCAAAUCUCACUGCUUCGUCACGUAUGCCAGUGCAGAGGAGGCCGUAGCCACACGCACAGCGCUCCAUGGAGUCAAGUGGCCUCAGAGCAACCCCAAAUUCCUCUCGGUGGACUUCAGUCAGCAGGAGGAGCUUGACUUCCACCGUGGUCUCCCUCUGGCCGAGAGGGCCGGUGACGAGGAGCGAGGCGUGGUGACAGCGGGCGGCGGUGCCGUGGUGGGUGCCGGGCCAGUGGUGGCGCCUGGAGCCCGAGCGCGGGGCCCGCUGCCCCCUCCCCUCCUGCCGGAGCGCGACCAGUGGGCGGAGCGCGAACGGGAAAUGGAGCGACGGGAACGGACACGCCUAACGCGAAAGUGGGACCCAAGGUGCGCUGACUUCCAGCCGCGGGCGACGAAGGGAGGUCGGCCACGCCGCCACGCCCCGCGACAGGGGAGGAGGGCUAAGGAGCGGGGCAAGAGCAAGGAGAGGAAGACCGACAAAAAAGAAAAAGUGCCAGAAGAGCCCCCAGCCAAACUGCUGGAUGACCUGUUCUGCAAAACCAAAGCGGCCCCUUGUAUAUACUGGCUCCCCCUCACGGAGGAGCAGGCCGCUCAGAGAGAUGCGGCCCGUGCCGAACGCGCCAAGGAGCGUGAGAAGAGGAGGAAGGAGAUGGAGGAGGAGGAAGAGGAGAAGAAGCGUGAGGAGGAGCGCCGGGACAGGACAAAGCUGGGAGGAGGCACAGGAGGAGGAGGAGGUGGUGAAGGUGGCGUAGGCGAGAGAGACCGAGACAGGGACAGAGAGAGGGAGAGGGAGAGGGACCGUGGCAGGGACAGAGACAGAGAAAGGGACCGGGAGGCGGAUAAGCGGAGGGACGGCUACCGCCGGCCGCCUGGGGCCAGCGGAGGUGGUGGAGUAGGAGGAGGAGGCGGCAGGAGAUCCCGCAGCCGCAGCGGACCUCCACCCAGAGACAGGCGGCGCUAAAGGGAAACCAACCUGUAGCUCCCCUACCGGUCGACGUGCUGACACACCCUGCACCUCCCUCUGAGGACCAACUGAUUCCACCCUAUGAGUAAUCACAAACACGCAUUAUAUACAUACACACACACACACACACACACAUACAUAUACACACACA